AUGGCUUUGUUCACGACCAAAAACGACGUGUCGACGCACCAGGAGCAUGUCUCCGAGGUCACCCAGGAUGCGGCCGCAGUUGAUCGCAAUAUUCAUCAUCCUAAGGGCUGGAUGAAUUGGAGAGUUGUCAUGUAUAUGAUCAUCGUUGGCCUUUCGAUGGGUCUCUAUGGUUAUGACAACAACUUUGUUGCUCCCCUUUUGUCCUUACCUUUGUUCAUUCAAAGAUAUCAAGGCUCUGGGUUAGCCUUCACGGCUCGGAAUCUCGAUGUCCUUGUCACGGUACCUCUCGUAGGCGCGGCUAUGGGGACCUUCAUUGCAUCUCCUGCGAUGAAGAAAUUCGGACGCAAGAAGACUUUUAUCGGGGCUUACUUCCUGUUUUGCACCCCGGGCUCGUUUUUACAGCUAUUUGCUCCCAAUAUCGGUGGCAUGACCGUGGGGAGAUUCUGGAAUUAUCUUGGAAUUAGUAUUCUGACAACUACCGCGCCGCUUUACCUUGCGGAACUGGUCCCUGCCCACGUGCGUGGCCGAGCAGUUGGCUUCUGCAUAGCUGGAGUAGGCGCAAUAGCGAUCAUUGCCACGACUAUCGUGUGGGCGAGUGAGAAGAUCAACGAUGAGCGGCAGUACAAAAUCCCCUUGGCCGUCCAGGCAGCCUGUCCCGUUACUUUUGGCCUUCUGACGCUGCUCUGCCCCGAGUCACCUCUCUGGUACGUCCAGCACGGCAAGGUGGAGGACGCACGGCGUGUGCUCAUGGUGAUCCGCAACAAGAAGACGGAAAUUGUCGACGCAGAAAUAUCCAUCUACCAGGUCUCCAUUGCCGAGGAGGCGGAAAUGCGCAAGCAAACCCGGUUCUGGGACAUUUUGAAUCGAGCCAACCUCAAACGCACCCUCACCGCGGGGACUCUACUCAGCUCAAGCCAAGUGGGCGGGCAAAUCUUGAUCGGGACAUACUCGACCGUCAUCCUCGUGCAGAGCGGGGUGGGUAACCCGUUCCAGAUGACCAUCAUCAUCACCUGCCUGCAAUUCCUGGGGACCAUCAUCGGACCUACCCUCGUGGACAAAGCCGGACGCAGGCCCGUGGCGCUCGUUGGCUUUUCGAUCCUCUGCGCCCUCGACAUUGCCGCCGGGAGUCUAGCAGCCGCGGGGCUGAAGACGAAUAGCCAGAGGCUUGGCCUUGCCUCGGUCUUUAUCCUCUUUGCCUUUGCCAACGCCGUAUCUUUCCAAUCCCUGGCGUUCGUUCUCCCCACGGAAAUCGCCACGCCAGCCCUCCGAGAGCCCACGGUGGCGUGGUCCAUGUUCUGGUCGUACGUGACGGCCGUGAUCACGACCUUCGCCGUGCCCCAGCUCACGUCGGCCGACGCCGCCAACCUCGGUGCCAAGACCGCCUUCAUCUUCGCGGGCUGCGUCCUGAUCACCACCAUCUGGGCCUACUUUUACAUCCCGGAGACCGCGGCCCGCACGGUGGUCGAGGUCGACGAGAUGUACGCGAUCAAUCUGCCCAUGCGGAAAUGGAGACACUAUCAGUGCCAGUCUGUCCGUGUUACCGCGGAGAUUGUGGAGCAGAAAACCGCAAAGGUUGAUGAAGAGGGAACUGUCUAG